UGCCACCCGUUGGUUGUUAUAGCUUUACGCGCAUGCGCUCAUCAAUGGUUGUCAGCUGGUUGUUAUAGUAACAGGCGUCAGGACUUUAGCGCCGGUGAGGCUAUGGAGCUAACAGUUAAUAAUCACACAUAGGACCAAAACAGAUGAGUUAAGUAGAUUGGAGAUGAGUGCUGUCACACACACAUUGAGCUGACACACACACACACACACACACACACACAGACGGAGAUGCCAGCCGCUAGAGAACAGAAGGACGGAUCGGAGUCAUCGUCUGAAGAUGAGCUGGAGAAACACCCGUGUAUCGCCUGGAGUGGUGUCAGUAAAAGGAUUCCCGUGCUGCUCUUCUGUGCAGAAGCCAUUGUGUCCAAAGAUGUGGCCAUCCGCUCUGUUGGAGAAAAAUAUAACUUGGCCUUCAAGAUUGUGCGUACGGAGAGUCGUCUUGUGCGUGGCAUACUGGUCAAUCAUGGAUUCCAUGAGGUGCACCCAAAUAGCAAUGAUUUUAACCUGAUGUGGACUGGCUCGCACCUGAAACCCUACCUUAUGCGCUCUCUACAGGAUUUCCAGAAAGUCAACCACUUUCCCAGGUCGUACGAGCUCACGCGGAAAGACCGGCUCUACAAAAACAUCCAGAGGAUGCAGCAAACCCAUGGCUUUCAAAACUUCCACAUCGUACCCCAGACCUUUGUGCUUCCUGCCGAGUACCAGGAAUUCAGCAGCUCCUUCAGCAAAGACAAGGGUGCAUGGAUCAUCAAACCUGUGGCGUCCUCCAGGGGCAGAGGCAUCUACCUUGUCAACAAUCCGAGUCAGAUCCCACUGGAUGAGAACAUCCUGGUGUCGCGGUACAUCAGCAAUCCUCUACUGAUUGACGAUUUUAAGUUUGACGUGCGUCUGUAUGUGCUGGUGACCUCAUACGACCCUCUCCUGAUCUAUCUCUAUGAGGAAGGGCUGGCCAGGUUUGCCACGGUGAAGUACGACCACGCCACGGCAAACAUCAAGAACCAGUUCAUGCAUCUGACCAACUACAGUGUCAACAAAAAGAGCAGCGACUACGUCAGCUGCGAUGACCCUGAAGUAGAGGAUUAUGGGAACAAAUGGAGCAUGAGCGCAAUGCUGAGGUAUUUGAGGCAAGAAGGCAAAGACACCACAUUGCUCAUGGGUCAGAUCGAGGAUCUGAUCGUUAAAGCUGUUCUGAGUGCUGAGAUCCACAUCGCCACAGCCUGCAAGACGUUUGUCCCUCAUCGAUGCAACUGCUUCGAACUGUAUGGUUUCGACGUUCUCAUUGAUUCCAACCUCAAACCGUGGCUCUUGGAAGUGAACCUCUCUCCCUCACUGGCAUGUGAUGCCCCCCUUGAUUUAAAGAUAAAGGCCAGCAUGAUCUCCGAUAUGUUUUCUCUUGUGGGUUUCGUGUGUCAGGAUCCCUUAUCACGACAGCUGCGUACUGACAGAGCUGGGUUUGACUCAAGAAUGAAGAAUCCUACCCAGAAGCCUCAGCGUCAGAGACCGCCAUCCUCCAACAGUGCCGACCCAGAAGCGCAGAGAGAGAAACACAGCACUAAGCAAGCGGAGAGCACACUGGGCCUGACAGCAGAAGAGAUGAAAGUUCUGAGGAGGGUACAGGAGGAAUAUGAGCGGAGAGGUGGAUUUGUUCGGAUUUUUCCUACUCCAGACACCUGGGAACUUUACAGUGGUUAUCUGGAAUACAAGACAUCUAUGAACGCCAUGUUGGCGAAUAAACUUUUCCAUGGAAGAUCUGUGACCUCCCGCUCAAGGAACAGGGUGAAUGAUAAUGUACCUCUGGUGUUGGGGGUCUUUUACACACAUCAUGUAGUCCAAUACGAAAGAAAGCUACUCACUCUGGAGGCACGAAAGCAGAGGCGCAGCGGAAGAAGACGAGCAGGCCUCAAACCCUCUCAAUCCCCUCACACCAGUGAGGAUGAGGACGGGCUGGAGGGAGAGACGGAGCUGAAAUCAUCUCGCACACAUUCAGCCGGUGACCUCUACACAAACACUGCGCUGGAACAACAACCCAGAGUCAAUCUGCUCCACAUUCUCCAGCAGGGAUGGGACCUCAGUAAAGUUCAAGCACGUAUGGCCUUCUCUUCUUACCUGCACCGUGUGCAGCUGCGCCUGCUGUCCGAGAGCAGAGCCGUCAGAAGCCCGGCCUGGACACAGAAGGAGCACGAUCAGAUGGAGCUGGUUGUUCGCUUUCUGCAGAGAGCCAGCAGUAACCUGCAUCAGGACAUGUGUAUGGAGGUGCCCAGCCCUCAGCUCGGCCUACAGGACCGUCAGCGCAUCCUCUCCCAUCAGCUGGGCAACUUCAUACAUCUCUAUAAUGAGGAAACCAAGCAAAUGGUGGAGAGUUUGGACAAGAUUCCAGAUGAAGAUCGCUGCAUCAACUCCAGUGUUUUCCAGGAGUUUAUUCUGGAGGCGAGUGAAAGUGACUUAGAGGAAGUCCUUACAUUCUACACUCAGAAGAAUAAGUCUGCCAGUGUGUUUCUGGGCACAAAGUGUCACAGCAGCAGAGUCAAGAGAAACAGCGAUGAGACAGCUGCAUGUCUCAACAUGGGCACCUCUGGUGGUUUAGAGAAUGCAGAUGCAAUCAGCAAGACCCAAAUAACGGACAGUACCAUGACUCUAACAGGAGACCAGGGCCAAAAUAAUGCAACCCAAAGCACGGAAAACUGUAGCAGGAGCAAAAGCAAAUGCAACUCAUUGCAAAAUGGACACAUCAGAAACAAAAGGCAAAGUGGAGACGGCGCCGUUAUCGAAGUGCCACCCAAUGCUUCUACUGCCGCUGAGACUGAAUCAAGAGUGUCGCGAGACGAGACAAGCAAGACUCACACUUCUGUUGUCAGAAACAGGAAAGCGCUGUCAAAAACGACGUUCGCUCCAGCUUUAGACUGUGAACAGAUUGUCUUACAGCACUGCCUCCCACCGCCAGCACCAGAACCGCCGCCUUACGUCCAGCCGCCACCACAUCCACUGGCCACACCUCCGUCUCCGUGCGCCACGUGGGCCUCUGCACGCAACCAGACUACUGGACCAACGAUCGCCCAAGAAACGCCUCGACAGAUCCAUCCUACCUGUGCAAACACCUUCAUGCCUAAAGCCGUGCUGGUGUCCAACCAGAGAUCGUCACGCCCGUGCUCUGCAGGACACGUCUGUUCCACAGGGAGUCAGAAACCCAGUCUGAGUAAGUCCAGGCCUGGUUCUGCUGGUGUGCUGAAAGAGAAGGACUCGCUGUCGGCUCAGGCUCAGUCCAACCAGCAGGCCAUCGUAUCCGCUCUGCGCAAACUAGUGGAGAAGCAGGCGGCUCGCCAGUACAGCACGUCCAGUCACAUCAGCCUCCUCACACAACAUCUGACGAAUCUGAACCUGUCGAAUGGGCUCUUCAGCAAAGGGGGUCUGACGUUGGCUCCUGGGGUCCGACCUGGACCUGUGAGAGCAGUGCAUACAGACGCAGCCCCUGGGAACUCUGGUCUCAGGACUGCGUGUGAAGCCGAGUCUGUGUGCGAUGGUUAUUCGGUCAACGCUCAGAAGCAGCCGUCGGCCACAGGAAGCUACCAGCUCCAGUUCGCCAUCCAGCAGCUGCAGCAGCAGAAGCUGCGAUCCAGACAGCUGCUCGACCAGAGCCGCACACGCCACCAGGCUGUUCUGGCAUCACACACCCUCAUGCCUGCUGCAUCAGCACGACCUCACGCUCCCAGCAGCCCCCUGAGCCAGCCGUUCAGACGCACCCUGAGUCAGGCGGGCAGCGCAGGUGUCCUCACGCUCACCCCAAAACCUCCCAGCAGCACACCCAGAGACGGACGCGUACGGAAGACUGUCGCCCACUCUCUCCACAAGAAAGCAUUAUUUGAGACUCCAGUCGGUCACAGCAGCACCAGUGGACAUCAUGUGGUGUAUGAGACCAUGUGCACAAGGACAGGUCUGUCGGUGUACAGUAAACUCUUCCACACUCAGGGCUCCAAAAACAGAUGAAUGAGGCCAAAGGUCAACCGUACCAAUCAGCUGCUCUCUGGGAUAUGUUACACAAGUCCUCUUCUACACCCUCCGGCUGCUCAGAACAUGGACAUGAAGAGUUCAGCUCUCGACUUCACCCAUGUCUCUCUUUAUGCUGUCUUCUGAUAAUCAAUAUUUCCUCCUAGCCGGCCUUGUGUGUGUGUGUGUUUUUGAGUGUGUGAAAUCCUUGCAUGGAUUGGAUCUCUUCCAAAGUCUGAAGGUUUUUCCAAAGGCGUUCUGUCCCAUAUGUGCAGUUGUCCAGGCUUCAUUUUCACCCCGCAACUGAUGCCAUGUGACGGACAGCUCACGACAGCUGCUGCACGAGCACACAAACACACGGCAACAACAGACCCCGAGCUCAUGAACGUGUCCAUCAUAUUUAUCCGUGUUUACAUGUACAUAUAGAAGAUCUCAACGUCCAUCACCGCUCGCUAAUGAUCUCUAAUGACUUCUGUUGAAGUGCCUCAUUCAGGUGUGAUGAACCACAUGUCCAGGUAAAGUUGAUGUCAUUUGUGAUGAUUUUCUGUAGUUCUGUAAUUACAAUGACUGUUUUUGACCAAUGCCCUGGUAAUACUUGAUUCACCAUGGUCAGCACGUGUGCUGAUGGGAUGACGUUGUGUUUUCAGGUUGAUUUUAGUUUAACGCCUCACUUUUAUUACCUGGCCAAACAUGAAUAUAUGACAGCGCCUCAUUCAUGCAACGGGUAUUGAACAAAUUUCUUACAUGAAUCUUCACUUUGAGUUGAUGUAAACACAGUUCACACAAAUUAAUUUAGUGUUUCAUGAAUGAGGCCGAUUAUGCAACGUACAGGAUUUGCUGUUUUAAUGUUUUAGUUUGUACAGUAUUUGUAUUGCAUUUUCUCUCCUGAAUUUACUUGAAUUUGCUCUCCUGACAAAUUAUUUGUCAUGCUAACAUGUUACAGUACCUUUUUAGCGUUCAGUUGUACCAGUAAACUGGAAGAAAUGUCA